AUGCUUGGGUAGUUUCAUUCGAAAUAUGAAAUUGAUGAUUUGUUUAGAAAAAUUAUUGAAGAUAAAUAUGAACUUAUGUAACGCACUAAAGCAGAUAAUCCUAAUUUACUUUUACCUAAGGAUUUUAGUAAAUUCAUCACUGAAAGAUUAUUUAUGGAUUUAUUACUUACAAUUUAUGAUUAUUGUGUAGAACUUCAUAAAUUAGAAAAAAAAUAAGCUAUUUUAGAUUAAUAAAGUAAAGAAAGAAUAGGAAUAGCUCCUAAAUUAUUAUCAUCUGAAACAGAUAAAAUUAAUUUAAAAUUAAAGGAGAUAUCUGAAAUAUAUUCUAAGAUUUUAUUAAAAAAAGGCACUUAUAAUAUCAUAAUCAAAGAUUAAAAAUUCUUUGAAACCUUAAUUUAUUUUAUUACAUAAGUAAAAAAAUCAAAAAAUUAAUUAGGUAUUAAAAGAAGUCUUUGACAAAAGUGAUUAUAAAUAUAUUGAAGAAGAAAUCAAUAGGAUUUUUAGAACAAAUCCAUUCAAUUUGUUAAAAAGAAAACAUAUAAAUGAAAAAAUAGAAUAAAAACAUUAUGGUGCUAGAGAUUAUAAAGUUAUUAAACAUGAUUUUAAUCCAGAUGAUGAUUUAUCAAAAAAUGAAUUAAUAUAAAGAAUUCUAACAAGAAGAGGUAUGCCUAAAGUAAUAUAAUUUAAUAUCAUAGAGCAUAGACAGAGAAAUGAUGGUUGAAAAAUCAAAUCUUAAACCUUUCUUUAUAAAAUCAACUAGAUGUGCAGCUAUUAAUGCCAGAUCUCCAUUAAUUGCAAUUAUGCUUCCUUCAGUUAAAGAGAGGUUAUUUCAAAUGGAAAACGAAAGAAAAUAAAUGGCUUCCAAAUUUACUUAAAAGUAAAAACAUGUUAAGGAUAAAGUGGAAUUUUGGAUUUAAGAUUUAGAAAAUAGAUAAACAAGAAUAAAAAGUGAACAUGAAAAUAAUCAUGAUAAAUCAAAAAUUAAAAAUAAGGGAUCUUAAUCUUUUUGUUAAUGA